AUGGGUCUCGUAGUGGCUUUGGCAGGCCUUCUGGGCCUGACGGCAUAUACUGGAAAGAAUGGAGAGUGUCAGCAUGCUCCAGUAUAUACCCCCUUUUCACAAAAGGGAUCUAUAUCGAACAGCCAGAAUCUAGAUGGUCCAGCUUUCAUUGGCUCAUCUGCCAAAAACAAAUUCCUGAGAUCACAGUUCCCCAUCUAUCCCAAAGCAUCGCUCAUGCAUGGAGAUGGAGGUAACACCGGCAACACAGACUAUCCCGGCCCCUUAGGAGUCAACACGACUCUCACUAGCGGUGCAAACACCAUCAAUAUCAUGAUGUGGGGAGCAGAUGGUAGUUUAACUGCCGGCUAUGCCAACGCGUCUGUAGGCCUGCCUCCGCCACGUGGUCUCGUUGCCGUUGACCCUGCUACAUACCAGAUCAAUGCAGCCUGGUAUCCUCCCGACAACGAGACCCUUGGUCUUGCGUACAUGGAGUAUAUGCAGGACACCAAUGAUAUCCUGCUUAGUACCAAAGAAGGCAAUGUUUAUGUUGUGCAUCGUGGGAUCUGCAAGGGUAACCCUUUCUUCAGGAUCACGCGUAACAUCAAUCUCAAAAGUGUCAUUAAACCAUGGGAACUCCUGCUUAAUACUAUGUAUGAUGCAGCGGGCAAUAUUUGGUUUACCACUGGUGGUAUUAUUGGUGGAGGAGACCCGCCACAGAACUCAUCAACAUUCGGAUACAUCAAGCCAGACGGUGCCGUGAUCAAAAGACGCGUCAAGAACCAGAUGGUCGAGAAUGGCAUCGCCGUGAGCGGCAUGGAUGUUUAUAUGGCCACUGGUCCUUCUGGAGAAGCUGAUACCUCCACCUCUAUUGGUUACAUGUGGGCCAUGGACGCAACGGGCUCCAGCGAUCUCAAUGUUAAGUGGAAAGUUCCCUAUGACUCUGGGGCUGGAGGCAAGCCUGGUGAGAUCGCUCGCGGAACGGGAGCGACGCCUGUGCUGCUAGACGACAAGUUCGUGGUUAUUACGGACAAUGCCGACCCAAAGGUCAAUUUGUUGGUGUACCAUCAAAAGACCCAAGAGUCAGCCGAGGAGCAACUCGUCUGCUCGGUGCCGCUUUUCGAAGCUGGUAAGAGCAAUAACGACAAUGCAGCCUUGGCCCACUUUGACGGGAAGAAUUUUGGUGUCAUGAUCCAGAACAACUACGGUGCCCCGCCAGUCCGUCUCUCCAGCCCGGGAGUUCCCUUCGUGCUGAACGGUCCCUGGAACAAUAUGAGCAGUAUGGCUGGCGGCAUGGUCAGAGUUGACGUCACACCCAAAGGGGAGUGUAGCGUAAGAUGGAACUCUGACCUGGCUGUUAAGGCGGUGUCUAUUCUGUCAACUAAGAGCGGACUACUAUAUAGUUCGGUACAGGAUACAGAGCGAGCAGUGAAGGGAGAGUAUGUGUGGUAUCUUGCUGCUGUGGACUGGCUUACAGGUAAGACGACUUAUCAGUAUAGGACCGGUAUGGGUGGUACUUUUAACGACAAUUGGAGUGAGGGGACCUUGGGUCCUGAUGGCACUUUUUACCAAAGCGUUUUGGCCGGUGUUAUCGGUGUAAAGGACAAGAAAUAG